AUGUCUUACGCCGAGCAUGGACCACGCAUCUUUUUGGCGGGCAGACCGAGCAGUGGUGUACCCAUGACUUACGGAGAUUAUGUCUUUCCGAAGAAAAGAUCGGAAGGUCGUUUGAAGCUGUACAAUUCCUGUACGGACAUCCGAGCUUGGAGUCCAAAUAUCUUAGAGAGUACGCGUUACUUUCGCGAGCUCAACGAACAUGACCCUGCGCCAGGAAGAGUGAUACCAUUGAAUGUGAUAAUGCAAAACAUGGUAAGACUUACGGCUCAAGCUCAAAAUGAACUUCGCGUUGCACGGCGAGAAUUACGAAAAUAUAAAUCUUUGAAGCUUACUUCGGAACAACAAGAAUACCUGGAAAAUUUUGACAAAGCUACUACCAUCGGGAUUAAUGAUACAAAAGAAAUGAAAGUUGAAGCUAUAAUAAAACCGCUCUCUCAGGAAGGACGAAGAUUAUUCAACGCAAAUAAGAUUGCUGCUUUACAACAUUCUGACACAUAUCUGUCAAUGUAUUUUCAUCCUGGUAGAAGAUUUCGAUACGAUAGAGGAAUUAACAAUUUUUUACUAACUAAUGCGCACAUUUUGAGAGAGAAUUUGAACGCGAAAACAUCGGAAAAUAAUACUUAUCUGGUAUCGCGUGUAACAUCUUGCGAUAUAUUAACCGCGAGAUCCGCACAAGCAGAGUAUAACGAUCGAACAAAUAUUUGCAUCGAGUAUGUUGACGCAUCUUCUCAAGUAAUGCAAGAUGUUUGCGAAGUGGGUGUACAAACGGACAAGUAUAAAAGUGAGGUUUAUAAUAGACAAUCUAAUGUUGACUGGUCGUCUAGUCAAUAUUGUGAAAGUAGCGAAAGCGUAACCGCAUCUGAAAGCGAGUUGAGGCUAAAUUUGGAUCCUGAAGUCUGUGAAAAAAAUCAUAAAGGAGUGAUUAUUCAAAAAGAUUCGGAAAUUAUCGUUUUGAAGAACGAACUCGGAAUGAAGGAAGAUGAGCUAGAAGAUCUGCGAGAAUUGAAUAAGCAUUUACAAACAUUAUUGAAAGAAAAGGAUGAAAACGCAAAUAUUUUGAGACAUAAUUUUAAUAUCUUGCAAGAAAAAUUGAAAAUAGUAAACGACAAGCGCAAUGUCGAAGUGGAAAAUUUAAAUGCAAAACUUUCUUCUUCGGAAUGUCUGGUUGAUCAAUUGAAGAUAGAAUUAAGUAGAAAAUGUCAAGUUUGUUAUUUUCAAUCGCAAGAAAUCCAAAAACUUAGACAGGAAGUUAAAGAGACAGAAUUACUUUUCGUAGAAAACGAAUCUCUUACGCGGAAGGUGAAAAAAAUGGAGCAUUUAUCGAAAGAAGCGGAAAGCUGCGGUAUUGCUUUAGAGCAGGUGAAAAAUGUUUGGCGAGAGCGGGAUAUACUUCAAAAGCAAUAUCAUGAACAAAGUUGCACGUUGGCGGACAGAGAAGACGAAAUAAAACGACUAUUGACGUUGAUAAAGCAAAUGUCUGUUGACGCCGACACUCGUGAGGUGCGUCAUUUGGCUUCGUGUAUCAUAUCAUAUUCUCGCAAUUUUAAUGUCGAGUCAAUUAAUAGGAAACAGAUUUUUCUCGAAAAUGUCAGCACAACGUCACAUUUUACCUUAAGCUUUUAGCUUAUAAAAAUGUAUAUAAUUAAAUUUUAAUUGCAGACUUAUCGAUUAUUGAAGAUGUAUAGAGA